AUGGAUCCUCGUACCUUUACUAGAUCACAAGCGCUUGGCCGUAGACUAAAUAAGCCAGAACGUUACCAGCCAACGGGACCACUUCUGACGGGAAAGACUCAAGAAAACAAAUCUUGUUGGGUGAUAUUUUCUAGAAUAAUAACAUUCUGGGCACAUCCUGCCUUGUUAUCUUCAGUAGGGGGUCUACAUGAUAAACAAUCAAGACAAGCAUGGCGCGAAAAGAUUGCUUUAUGUUUUAUCGCCUUGACCAUGAGCGGUUUCGUUGCUUUUGUGACCAUUUGUCUUACUUCAUUCUUAUGUCCUCCUUCGGAUACAUCGAAUUCCUCAAAUUUCUCGAGAUUUAAUCAAACACCAGGCGUUCUUGGGAUACUGGGCUGGCAAUUUAACGUAUUAAAUGCACAAAUACCGGGACUCUCCGUGAUUGAUAUACUGAAAAACGGAGCCGGACAAGAUAUUUCAAACUAUUUCAAACGAAAUAAUAAACACAUUCAUUCUUGUGUGAAAGCAAGUUUUUUAAAUUUUGCGAUUAUUAGUAACGACCUUUGUGCGAAUAAGGAUUUUUGUGUUUUAAAUUAUACAAUUAAUGACGAAAAUCUUAGACAAUUAAACUUGAUAAACACGACGAGGAGGGUUGGAUAUGAUUGGGAUCAACUUGUACCGUUAAGUAAUUACAUAGUCAUUGACGGAAAUGUGUUAAAUUUAGAACCUUACUUGACAACCGUAGAAGAAAAUGAAAAUGAUUUAGUUGAUAAAAUUAUUCGUAAAGUAUUAAAAUCAGGGGGGAAGGAUGCGACGCGUUAUUUUGAUAGAAAAAAAGAAUUGAGGGAAGCUAUGAGAUGUAUUAUCGAUAAAUAUUUUGCCGGAAACAUUGAUAAAGAUACGAUCGGAUGUUUUACAUCAAAACUUUUCUUAUACGUUUCAUUAGUGGUGAUAUUAGGAAUUUUAAUGUCACGAUUUUUAAUGGCUUGUAUUUUUAACUGGUUCAUUUCACCUAGGCUCGCACAUCAACCAGACAACGCAUCUACAGUUCAUCCACGAUUGGUUGACAAUUCAAACGUGACAAUGGAUGAAGUUGGAAAUAAUUUAUUUACCGUAUUGCUAGUCACAUGUUAUUCGGAGGGUGAAGCUGGUAUAAGAACUACUUGUGAAUCAAUGGCCGCCACGGAUUAUCCAAAUAAUAGGAAAUUGUUGUUCUUGAUUUGCGAUGGAAUUAUUACUGGCAGUGGGAAUUUAAAGAGUACGCCCCAGAUUUGUGUAGAAAUGAUGGAUCUCUCUCCAGAAUUCAAACGUCCUCAACCAAAGAGUUAUAUCGCUAUUGCUGAUGGUGCUAAACAACAUAACAUGGCUAAGGUUUAUGUUGGUCAUUUCCACGAAAAAGACGGUCAAAAACCUGGAAAUCGAGGCAAACGGGAUUCCCAAUUAAUUUUAAUGAAUUUUUUUAGUCGUGUUACAUAUAACGAUCGCCUCCCUUCUCUGGAUUAUGAUCUAUUCCGUAAGAUAAAACAUAUCAUGGGCGUGACACCGGAUUAUUUUGAAGCCGUUCUUAUGGUGGACGCCGAUACCAAAGUAUACCCUGAUUCAUUGCGAUUACUCAUUAAUUGUCUGUGUAAUGACUCUAAUAUCAUAGGACUUUGUGGUGAAACACGGAUCGCAAAUAAACGGGAAUCAUGGGUUACGAGUAUCCAAGUAUUCGAAUAUUACAUUUCUCAUCAUUUAGGGAAAGGUUUCGAAUCAGUAUUUGGUGGGGUAACUUGUUUACCAGGUUGUUUCUGCAUGUAUCGACUUAAAUCUCGUAAAGAUAAUGAUUGGAUUCCAAUUUUAACGAAACCGGAAAUCGUACAAGAAUAUUCUCAAAAUAUCGUAAACACCCUUCAUCAAAAGAAUUUGUUACUUCUCGGUGAGGAUCGUUUCUUGACGACUCUCAUGUUAAGAAAUUUUCCUCGUCGUAAAAUGAUCUUUUGUCCUCAAGCAAUUUGUAAAACUGUUGUACCAAGUGAUUUUAAAGUUUUAUUGUCCCAAAGGCGUAGAUGGAUCAACUCAACUUUACAUAACCUUAUGGAACUGGUGUUGGUCAGAAACCUUUGUGGAACCUUUUGUUUUUCCAUGCAAUUUGUUAUUUUUAUGGAAUUAAUAGGAACCGUUGUAUUACCGAUCGCUCUCUUAUUAACCUAUAGUUUAUUAAUCUCUAAUGUUAUGAACCCUCCACGAUCUUUUGAUGAGGCAAUACCAUUAAUAAUGUUAGGAGCUGUUCUUGGAUUACCAGCCAUUUUAAUUUUAAUUACCACGAGAAAACUUGUUUACGUUCUUUGGAUGUCUAUAUAUUUAGCAUUUUUAGCCGUAUGGAAUUUCAUUUUACCUUUAUAUGCUUAUUGGCAUUUUGAUGAUUUUUCAUGGGGUGAAACAAGAAAGGUUGAAGGGGAAAGUAAGGACGAUGAUCAUGGUAAAAGAGAUGGUCGAUUUGAUUCUUCUAAAGUUCCAUUAAAACGUUGGGAUGAAUGGGAAAGAGAAAGGUUAAUGGGUCAACGAGGUCGAUUAUUUCAAAAAAACCAAGACCUUUACUAUACAAAUAAUCCUCAAAUGACACAACGACAUAAUAUCAAUCGCUAUUAUAUAUAG